AUGCGCUCCCCAUCGAGGUCACGCCAAGAUCGAGCCGGCCCUAGCUCGUCCCGUCAUGACAGUGAUUGCUCGGAUCACAAACGACGCCACCAAUCAGAGGCAGAUUCCGACCAUCACCGCCGAAGCCGGGUUAGAGAUGAUUUUCCCGACCGACGAAAGCGACACCGCCAAGACGAUGACAGCAAGCGAUCACGUAGCUCUCGCGCGCAUCGCGAUGACCAUCGACGAGACCAUUCGGGCACGGAAUCCCGUCAUACAGAGAAGGAUGCAGAGCAUACCAGCUCGAGUCGCUCCAGACAUGAUCGUGACAAGGAUCACCGAAGCGAUCGAUCGUCGAAACGACGCGAGACUUCCGAGGAACGCCGCGUUCGCAAAGCUGCCAAGCGCGCCAAGAAGCUCAAAGAGCUCGAAGACAGUUUUCUGGAAGAAGAGCAAGGCGCAGCAGAACGUACGGCUGUUGCAGAGCUCAUGAUGUACUCUGCCGAGGACAAUCCCUUCAACGACCCCACGCUCGGCCACAAAUUCAAGUGGGGCAAAAAGGAGGAAAAGGAGCGCAAACAGGGACUUUCCCGCGAACAAGCAGAGAAGCGAGACGCUCAACGCAGGCAAGAGGCCAUGGUCGAGAUUGAGAAGCUCAACGCCAAGCGCGCCGAGCGCGAAAAGCAAGCGGCUCUGCGCGAAGAAGAAGAGUCGAGGAUGGCGCGCCUUGCCGAGUCGGCGCAGAUGGCGAGCUGGGUGGCCAAAGAAGACGACUUCCACCUCGAACAAGCACAACGCCGAGCCGUGAUCCGUAUCAAGGAGAACCGCGCCAAACCCAUCGACCUGCUUAGCAUGAAUCUCAAAUGGGCCGAUCCCAACAUUAUUGCCGAGCAAGAAAGCAAACAGGACGAUGACGACGACGAAGCUGGUCUCGAGAUUGACCUAGACGAGCCAUACACCAUUUUUGAGGAUCUCAAGCUCGAGGAAACGCAAGAGCUGCACCAAGACAUUCAGAUGUACCUGCAGCUCGAGAAGAAUGACGCCAAUCUCGACUUUUGGCGCUCGAUGCUCAUCGUCUGUGAUGACAAACUAGAGCAGCUGCAGGAAGAGCAAGACCACGCCGUGGGUGCUGCCACUCCGGCUACCAAUGCUCGUCAGGACCCAGAGGAACGCGGUCGCAUUAACCACAUGCUUUCGUCCAAGUCGACCGAUGAGUUGCAACAGCUCCAAGAUCAGGUGCGCGCCAAACUCGCUUCGGGCGAGCCUGUCGACGUCGAGUACUGGGAGAGGGUGUUGAAGUCUAUCGUUGUUUGGCGAGCCAAAGCGCGUCUGCGUGACAUGCACGAGGCUGUGCUGUCGAAUCGACUCGAAUACCUGCGACGCAAGCAACGCGACGAAGCGGCGCGGCAACAGCACGAGCUUCUUGUGCAGACCGCUGACGAUUCUGACGCCGAACAAGAGACGCGCAGUGCUGCUGCUGACGGUCGAGAUGCCGUAUGUAGGUUCGAGGCUGACGAGGAGCAAGCAGCGUUGGAAGCGCUCUACGAUCCAGACGAGAUGGAACCUGCGCCCAUCCAUGCGUCACAGCUGAGCUAUGAAGAACGACGAUUGCCCAUCAGGACGCUUCGCGAGCAUCUCGAAGAGCUCGUAGCUGCCCGACGUCGUGUUGCUGGCCAGCUGUUUAUCCCCAGGACACGCCCCAACGACAUCGACUCUGGUCUCUCUGACAAUCCGGCCGAACGCAUGUUCAUGCAGGAAGCAUCCAGGGCACUCGAUGUUACCGAAGAAGUCAUGCAGGGCGGCGACGAAGUGCUCGGUCACCAGACGUACCAGUGGCAAGACAAGUACCGCCCGCGCAAACCUCGCUUCUUCAACCGCGUCCAUGCGGGCUACGACUGGAACAAGUACAACCAGACGCACUACGAUUCCGACAAUCCACCGCCGAAGACAGUGCAGGGUUACAAGUUCAACAUUUUCUACCCGGAUCUCAUCGAUAAGACGGUAGCGCCGACGUACCGGAUUAUCAAGGAGAAGGGGCAGGACGAUACGGUGCUGUUGCGAUUCAGUGCCGGUCCACCGUACGAGGACAUUGCGUUUAGGAUCGUCAACAGGGAGUGGGAGUACAGCCACAAGAGAGGCUUCAAGAACAGUUUUGACAGGGGUGUGUUGCAGCUGCACUUUAACUUUAGGCGGCUGCGCUAUCGCAAGUAG